AUGCCAAAUAGUGGAAACCUAAAGAAAGACAAUAUAACAAUAUUCUACAGUGGCACUACUAGUGGACGACAUGAAAAUGGAAUAGAGGAAAAAGAUGAAGACAUAAAGGACAAAUUCUAUGAAGAACUAAAAAGGGUAUAUGACACUUUACCGUUGCACUAUAUAAAGAUAGUAGUAGGUGAUAUGAACGCGAAGAAUGCAAUCAUCAGAAGAAACGAAUUGAGGAAAAAAGCACUACAAAAUACAUCAGACGAGUGCUCAAGAGAAUAUGAAGAACAAAGAAAAUUGACAAAUAAAGUGUUAAGGAGAGAAAAACGUCUAAACAAAAAGAAGAAAAUAGAAGAAAUAGAAACCAAUAGAUACAACGCAAAAAAUUUUUUCAAAAUGACCGGGGAAGUAAAAUUUGACUUUAAACCACAAACAAGGAUCUUAGUGGACGACCUCCUGAACCGACCCUCAGUAGGGCAGGGUUUAAAUCCAAGCGAAGACUUCCUAGCAGCUGAAAUAGAUAUAGAGGGUCCCAAAUAUGAAGAAAUUGAGAAUUUGAUUAAGAGACUUAAAAACAACAAAGCCCCAGAAGAAGACAGCAUAGUAGCGAAAUUACUUAAAAAAGGUGGUACAAUGUUGGUGAGCAAAAUCACAGAAAUUAUUAAGACAAUAUGGAAAACUGAGACAAUCCCAGAAGAAUGGAAAGCUGCAAUUAUAUGCCCAAUAUUUAUAAAAGGCAACCCGACUAAAACUGAGAACUAUAGAGGAAUUUCGCUACUAGACUCAUGCUAUAAAAUUCUGACAACACUGAUAUUAGAAAGGUUAAACCCAUAUAUUGAAAAAAUAGUUGGAAAUUACCAAUGCGGGUUUAGGAGAGGAAAAUCCACAACAGACCAUGUUUUCGCGUUAAGACAGAUAAUGUCAAAAUACUACGAAUUUGGAAAGGACCUGCAUCUAGUCUUUGUGGAUUACAAGCAGGCGUAUGAUAGUGUAGACAGAGAAGAGCUUUGGAAAACAUUGAUAAUUUUAGGAAUACCCAAAAAAGACUCUAACGAUGACAAAAGGAUAGAGAUAGGCAAUGAACAAGUUAUGUUAGCUUAUGCAGACGACAUUGUGCUGAUGGGUGAAACCAAAGAGGAAAUCAUCAACUCAACAUAUAAACUCAUAAAUGCAAGUAAAGUAAUGGGAUUACAUGUAAACGAUGGGGAAACUAAGUACAAAGUCGUAUCGAGAAGACCACCAAUAUAG